CAGACUCGGUAGCGGGAGGACAUACGCCGCGCGCUCUCCCUUUAAGUGCAUUUUUCUCGAGAACCCUUUACCCUUUAGAUCCCGAAAUAAGGGAGAUUAAAGGGAAUACCUCCAUUAACAAGUACAGGGAGUUACAAUCGAAUCUGACCUGUAGUUUUGGAGAUAUUAACGUUUUUGUUUAUAAAUUUUUGGUUUUCGAAAAUUUUGAGUACAUAAUAAUUCAAGUGCUAAAAUGAGGUUGUGGUGGUGGUUGUUGUUGCUCCUCCAGCUGGGGAAGGUGUGGAGUGCAGGUGUGGGGGGUCAGUGUGUGUGGUACUCCCAGUGCGGCACCAACCCUGCGUCGGGUCAACAAGGAAAUUGCCCUUUUAACGGCACUGCCCAGGCCCUUGACCCCAGCAGUGCCAAACUACUCAGUGACACAUGCCCGGAGCUGGUUAAUGAUUUGGAGUCGGACAGCAGCGGCAACCUUCUGACCUGCUGUGAUGGGGGUCAGAUCACAGCUAUGGCAUCGCAGCUUCAGCUCGGCACGGCAUUCCUUGACAGGUGUCCGACUUGUGUUCGAAACUUCCGACUCACUUUUUGUUACAUGACCUGUAGUCCGAACCAGACCGACUUCAUGUCUAUCAACGAGACACAGGAGGCGCCGGAUACCAAUAAGACAAUAAUCACCGUUCUGGACACCCACCUGACGACGCGGUUCGUUGACGCGAUAUACGAAUCCUGCAAAGACGUCUUGAUGCCCUCGUCAAAUUCCAAGGCCAUGUCAGUUAUGUGUGGGUCGUGGGGCACCCUCUACUGCUCCGGCCCACGGUUGUUUGAGUUCAUGGGGUCAAAUCCACUGGCACCGUUCACCGUUAACUACCUGUUCAGUGAAGGGCCUGGUUCUCCCUUCCAUCCGCUUGAUUUGCCGGUCGUUAGCUGUGACCUGCCUGCCUCGAACAACUCCCACGCAUGUAGCUGCCUGGACUGCCCUGCCGCCUGCCCCCGCCCCGCCCCGCUGCCCCCUCCACCCUCCCCCUUCACCCUGUUCGGAGUGGACGGACUUGCUGUUGUGAUGGGGGUCGUUUUCCUCCUUCUUGCCUCGACUUUUCUGACUGUGUACCUCUGCAUGACUCUGAGGACUAGGUCUAUCGGAAUCAGCAGCGGCCCUCACAACAAGGCAUGGGGGGAGGAACCUGGAUGCCUUGAACGUGCUGGUGCCUGGAUGGACAGCUCUCUGGAGACCUUCUUCACCGCCUGGGGCACUGCCUGCGCGCGAUACCCGUGGGUGGUGGUGGUGGUGGGGGUGGUGGUGACCGUGGGGCUGUCCUGCGGUAUCCUGCACCUUCAGGUUACAACAGACCCCGUGCAGCUGUGGGCUUCUCCAAGAUCAAGAUCAAGACUCGAGAAAGAGUUCUUUGAUUCGACUUUUCAGCCUUUCUACCGCACCGAAAUGCUUAUAAUUCGGCCAGUGGGUGUGGAUAAGGUUCCUCACGUGACGCCCAAUGGGGAGGAGCUGUGGGGUCCUGUAUUCAACAAGAGUUUCCUGAAGGAGGUGCUGAAGCUGCAGAAUUAUAUAUCUGAGGAGAUCUCCGCCAGCAUGCCCGGGGGGGAGAAAGUGAACCUCCGGGACAUUUGCUUCACCCCUCUAUCACCGGAAAACAAUAAUUGUACCAUUCAGAGCGUUUUAAACUACUUCCAAAACGACGCGGCUAAUUUGGACUUGAACCACAUCGAUCAGUAUAAUUUGACGGUUAAUUACAUAAACCAUUUGGACAGCUGCUUCAGGAACCCCUUAUCACCAGAAGACGAGGAGCUGUCCCUGCCUUGCCUGGGGUCCUAUGGGGGUCCUGUCUUCCCCUACACAGCCCUGGGGGGGUUCCUAGAGGGCCACCAGGAGCUCGGUGAGGACCCCAAGUACAAAAAUGCUACAGCUCUCGUAAUUUCGUUCAUCGUCAAUAACAACUACGACAAGGACAAGAUCAAGAUGGCCAUGGCGUGGGAGAAGGAAUUCCUGUCGUUUAUGAAGAAUUACACCCACCCCAUGAUGGACAUUGCCUUCACUGCCGAACGAGGCAUACAGGACGAGCUGGAGAGAGAGAGCAAGGGGGACAUCAUCACUAUUUUGAUAUCAUAUUGCGUCAUGUUUGCGUAUAUCUCUCUCGCUCUCGGCGACUUCUCAAACUGCCGUCGUUUGCUCGUUGACUCCAAAGUGACGCUGGGCCUGGCUGGGGUGUUAAUAGUGCUGGUAUCAGUGUCAUCAUCAGUGGGGGUGUACGGCUAUGCGGGGGUGCCAGCUACCCUUAUUAUCAUUGAGGUGAUCCCAUUCUUGGUACUGGCCGUCGGGGUGGACAACAUGUUUAUCCUGGUGCAGACAUACCAGCGGGAGGCGCGGCGACCCACAGAGACCCGUUCGGACCACAUUGGCAGGGUGGUCGGUCAGGUCGCUCCUACUAUUCUGCUGGCGUCGGCUUCUGAGGCUGCCUGCUUCUUCCUUGGCGCCCUGUCAGGUAUGCCCGCGGUUCAUGCCUUCGCACUGUACGCUGGCCUGGCCCUCACCAUCGACUUUGUGCUGCAGCUGACCUGUUUUGUAGCCCUGAUGGCCCUGGACGCACAGAGACAGGAGGAGGGCCGCUGGGACAUCCUGUGCUGCGUGAAAGGAUCUGACAAGGACGCCAACACGAAGGAGGGUCUUCUGCCAGAAUUUAUGGGUAAAAUUUACGCUCCCUUCCUUCUGUCGCAGUGGGUUAGGCCCUUAGUGGUGGUGCUGUUUGGCGGGUGGCUGUGUUGCAGUGUUGCUGUGUUGCCCAAGCUGUCUGUUGGCCUGGAUCAGCAGCUUUCAAUGCCCGAUGACUCGUACUUGCAGAAAUAUUUUGCGUACCUGGGGGAGUACCUGAGUGUGGGGCCCCCUGUCUACUUCGUCCUCCAAGGCAGCGUGGACUUCACCAAUGUGUCGCAGCAGAACAAGGUGUGCGGCACUGUGGACUGUGACACGGACAGCCUGGCCACGCAAAUAUACAUGGCCUCGCUGCUUGCUAAUAGGACCUUCAUAGCCCAGCCUGCCUCGUCCUGGCUUGACGACUACAUGGACUGGUCUGUUUACAAUCUUGACGGCCAGUCCGGGACACCCUGCUGCAGAGUGUAUCCCAACGGUUCCUUCUGCCCUUCCUCGGACUCCUCCUCCUCCUCCUGCGGCAACUGCAAUAUUACCAAGCUGCCGGAUGGACAGCGGCCAGACCCAUCUUCAUUUUUAGAAUACUUAGGUUUCUUCUUGGCUGACAUUCCCUCCAUCACGUGUCCCAAGGGUGGCCACGCAGCGUAUGGCCAGGCACUCAAGCUGACUCAUGGCCCGUAUAACCAGACCACAGGGGUGCAGGCGAGCUACUUCAUGACGUACCACACAAUCCUGAAGACCUCCGAGGAUUAUUACGAGGCACUGAGGUGGGCACGCAAAGUCGCCACCAACAUCACCACCACCAUCAAUGCGGGGGGCAACCAGCAGAAUUAUACCGUGUUUCCCUACAGUGUGUUCUACGUUUUCUAUGAGCAAUAUCUGACCAUGUGGAGCGAUGUUCUGUCCUCCUUGGGCGUGUCACUACUCAUGGUCUUCCUGGUGAGUGUGCUGCUGUCCGGCCUGGAGGUGCUGUCGUCCUUAGUGGUGCUGGCUACCAUUGUGAUGAUCCUGGUCAACCUCGGCGGCCUCAUGUACUGGUGGGGUGUCUCGCUCAAUGCCGUGUCCUUGGUUAACCUUGUCAUGGCGGUGGGCAUCUCGGUGGAAUUCUGCAGUCACAUCACCCACGCCUUCUCCCUGUCGCUGGAGGAGACCAGACUGGAGCGGGCCAGGGAUGCACUCACCAACAUGGGCAGCUCGGUACUGUCAGGCAUCACAUUAACCAAGUUUGGUGGAAUUGUGGUGCUGGCGUUUGCAAAGUCGAAGAUCUUCAAGGUGUUCUACUUCCGAAUGUACCUUGGAAUUGUGCUGUUUGGUGCUGCACACGGCCUCAUUCUGUUACCUGUUCUGCUCAGCUUUAUCGGAUCUCCAACCAACAGAUUGCGUCAACAGAGGAGGGCGGAAGAAUUGAACCAAGAGGAGCCAAGAGGAGCCCCAUAGGUCCUGCUGGCUCUUCUCUCCCUUGGCCCUCCCUCCCUCCCUCCUCCUCCUCCCUGUGACCAAGGUCAAACAGGUGCCUUAAGAUGAAACAGCAAUGGAGUCGUCUAGCAGAGAGUUUUCACGGUUCAAUGAAUUUAGAAAACGAGAUGCCGGAUGAUAACGGACCGGACCCGAACCCCCUGCCCCCCCUGGACCCCCUCCGCCCUCUGGAACCGCAAGUCGUCCACCCCCAGAUCCACCACGCGGGUUACGGUGGCACGGAUAACACGAGCAUGGUGGCGUGAUGUGUGUGUGUGUGUGUGUGUGUGUGUGUGUGUUUGUGUGUGUGUGUGUGUUCUGUUUGAUAUUAUUAUUGUUAUUGUUUUUAUUCUAUCUAUCUUAUCUAUCUGUUUGUGUGUUUAUCUAUUUAUCUUUGUCUCUGUUUGUCUUAGUAGUAGUAGUAGUAGUAGUAGUAGUAGUAGUAGUAGUAGUAGUUCUCUCCCUCUCUCUCUCUCUCUCUCUCUUCCAUAUAACUAUACUACUUAAAGCAAAUUAAAUGAGAGAGAGAGAGA